AUGGAAACAGAUUUCGUCCGAGCUUACCAUGAGCAGAUCAUCAUUAAUCUGCACCGUGAGCAUGUGGCAUGGAUGCAUAAUGUUGUUCAUAUAGACACUUUCGAACGAGAGUGUUCCGAGGUGCAAUGGGAGCAGGAGCCCCCUCCAGGAUCUUGGUGUGCGCUGUACUAUGCCACCAUGAGCGCAGGAUUCUACUACAUGACCAGAGAUAUCGAGCAACGACAUAACAUUGAUGAUGCCUUAUCUUUGGCAAAAUUCUUUUACAGGAAGGCACUGAACUCAUUGCAGGAGAUAGACUUCAUGGCCAAUCCUUCUCUUCACGCCCUCCAAGCAGUUUGUAUGUUUGUGCCAUGUGGAUAUGCGUUUGGAGAUACGGGCAGAAUGAUCACGUUACUGUCGUCUGCCUGCUGUAUUGCUCAGCUCAUGCAGUUACACAAUCUAGAAGAGCAAUCACCUGGGGAACAGACGGCCGAAUACAUCAUGCAACACGAAAUCAAGAAACGAGUUUGGGCGUUUCUUGUGAUCCAGGACUCUUAUCUCGUUUCGUUUAAGCAUACAUACAGUAUUCAGCUAAACCACUCUCAAACACCUCCUCCGCUAAACUGCUGUGAAUCUCUGGACGAUCUGGUCGUGAGCGGCCAGUUUAAGGCACUGCCAGCCUCACAACCGACGCAGACAAGCUACAUGCUCCUGCAAUUGAAGCUUACAAAUCUUAAACGAGAUUUGUUUGACGAAAUAUCCUGCUGUGCCAACAUCUCCCCUGAGCAACAGUUCAACAUGGUACUGAAAACUGAUGAAAAGAUGAUGUCACUUCGAAGAGAUCUACCGUCUUGGAUGAAGUCAGAGAGUCUCCCUACACAGGCACCAAUUUUCGUCCAAUCUCAAUGGCGCACAUUUCGCAUCUCGUAUGCUCACAUGAUCAUGUCAAUCCAUCGUACUUUCUUUUGCUUAUCCUUCAGCGACAAAAAGUACUGCUACUCUCGGAUGGCAUGUCUGAGUGCUUCACACAUGCUGCUAAAGACGUAUCUAGAUACAGUAGGCUGUGGGCUAGUAGAAAGCUGGACCAUCCCUGCAAAUCUCCUAAGCUCCUGUAUAUUUUUGUCUUUGAAUCUCUUCCUCUCCGGUUGCAAUGACGGAUUUGAUCCUCAUGUGUCCAAAUCGCACUUUGAGGACCGGGAGACAAUUCUUCAAGCUUUACAACAAAUAGAAACAUCAGGGCCAUUUAACCAGAUGGUCAAACGAGGAAGCAUUGUAAUCAGACGGUUAUUGGAAACUAAGCAUGAAGAGAGGUCACUCGGAGUAUCCUUUACCAGCGAUGAGAUCACUGCUUUGGUCCGGGAGGUUGAGAACACAAUGCAGGAAGAUGAUUCGGAGACUAUGGGAAUCUUCAACCUAACUUUUGAUGAAUUUCUCGACUUUUCUGUCAAUAGCUAA